AUGGCUAGCUCGAACCAUACUCGAUCAACUAGCUACCCACCCCAAUCGAACCCAAUCCUUCGAAAAGUCGAGGACGAGCUAACCAAGCUAAGGAAAGCCGAGGCAGAAUCAACCUCUGUAACCGAAACAAUUUGUAUUGGCUUAACAGGGCUAGCUAAAUUGUACAGAUGUGUUGAUGAUGUGCUUAGUUUACCAUUUCUUGCGCACCGUACACUCUCGCUUUUGCUCGCAAAACACGAAACACCGUUGAUCGAGGGAUCGUCGAGACUCCUUGAAAUCUGCGGUGCUUCGAAAGAGUUGUUGUUGAAGUUAUUAGAAGCUGUUCGAGUGUUUCGAUGCUCGAACAGCGAGAUGAAUAAUGUAGCAGAGUAUUUUUGUUUGAGAAAAGAGAUUGUGAAGACUUCGAAAGGGCUUGCCUUACAACUAAGGCAAGUCGAAGAGAGUCUAGUGUCGAGAAAUGAUGAGUUCAAUGAGUCCGGUAAUUUCGAGGUGAUUCGAGUACUGAGAUGUGUUAGUAUUAUAAAUGUCUCAGUACUUGAGUCACUUCUACGAUUCUUGUCGAUGCCAUUGAUGUCAAAGUCGAAAUCGAGUUCGUUUGGUUUGAUUUCGAGGUUGGUGGUUAAGAAGAGUAAAGCAGUAAUUAGUGAAGAAAAGUUGGCAAAAAAUGGGAAUGAGUUGAGCAAUGUUGAUGUUGUAUUACAUGCAUUGGAUGGAGGAGAGAAUUUUGAUUGUGAUAUUAUUAAGAAGAAAUUAGAGGUUUUGGAGGUUUCUUUGAGAGGGAUUGAAGAUGGUUUAAACAAUAUUUUGAAGCAAUUAGCCAGAACUAGAGCUUCUCUAAUGAAAAUAGUUUGUGUUUGUUAG